AUGGUCCGGGGGCCUGUGAUUACCACCAGGAUCUAUAUGACGACUUUGAGUGGGUGCAUGUCAGUGCUCAAGAGCCUCAUUAUUUGCCUCCUGAGAUGCCUCAAGGUUCCUAUAUGAUAGUGGAUUCUUCAGAUCAUGACUCUGGAGAAAAAGCCAGACUUCAGCUGCCUACAAUGAAGGAGAAUGACACGCACUGUAUUGAUUUCAGUUACCUGUUAUAUAGCCAGAAAGGGUUGAAUCCUGGCACUUUGAACAUAUUAGUUAGGGUGAAUAAAGGACCACUUGCCAAUCCAAUUUGGAAUGUGACUGGCUUCACGGGUAGAGAUUGGCUUCGGGCUGAGCUAGCAGUGAGCACCUUUUGGCCCAAUGAAUAUCAGGUAAUAUUUGAAGCUGAAGUCUCAGGAGUGAGAAGCGGUUAUAUUGCCAUUGAUGAUAUCCAAGUACUGAGUUAUCCUUGUGAUAAAUCUCCCCAUUUCCUUCGUCUGGGGGAUGUAGAGGUCAAUGCAGGGCAGAAUGCUACAUUUCAGUGUAUCGCCACAGGGAGAGAUGCUGUGCAUAACAAGUUAUGGCUGCAGAGGCGGAAUGGAGAAGAUAUACCAGUAGCCCAGACUAAGAACAUCAAUCACAGAAGAUUUGCUGCUUCCUUUAGAUUGCAAGAAGUGACAAAAACUGACCAGGAUUUGUAUCGCUGUGUAACUCAGUCAGAACGAGGUUCUGGCGUGUCCAACUUUGCUCAACUUAUUGUGAGAGAACCACCAAGACCCAUUGCUCCUCCCCAGCUACUUGGUGUUGGGCCUACAUAUUUGCUGAUUCAACUAAAUGCCAACUCCAUCAUUGGCGAUGGUCCCAUUAUCCUGAAAGAAGUGGAGUACAGAAUGACAUCAGGAUCCUGGACAGAAACCCAUGCAGUCAACGCUCCAACUUAUAAAUUAUGGCAUUUGGAUCCAGAUACUGAAUAUGAGAUCCGUGUUCUACUUACAAGACCUGGUGAAGGUGGAACAGGGCUUCCAGGACCUCCACUAAUUACCAGAACCAAAUGCGCAGAACCUAUGAGAACCCCGAAGACUUUAAAGAUUGCUGAGAUACAGGCAAGACGCAUUGCUGUGGACUGGGAAUCCUUGGGAUACAACAUUACUCGUUGCCACACUUUUAAUGUCACUAUCUGCUACCAUUACUUUCGUGGUCACAAUGAGAGCAAGGCAGACUGUUUGGACAUGGACCCCAAAGCCCCUCAGCAUGUUGUGAGCCAUCUACCACCUUAUACAAACGUCAGCCUCAAGAUGAUCCUAACCAAUCCAGAAGGGAGGAAGGAGAGUGAAGAGACAAUUAUUCAAACUGAUGAAGAUGUGCCUGGCCCUGUACCAGUCAAAUCCCUUAAAGGAACAUCCUUUGAAAAUAAGAUCUUCUUGAACUGGAAGGAACCUUUGGAUCCAAAUGGAAUCAUCACUCAGUAUGAGGUCAGCUAUAGCAGCAUAAGGUCAUUUGAUCCUGCAGUUCCAGUGGCUGGACCACCCCAGACUGUAUCAAAUUUAUGGAACAGUACACACCAUGUCUUUAUGCAUCUUCACCCAGGGACCACCUACCAGUUUCUCAUAAGAGCCAGCACAGUCAAAGGCUUUGGACCAGCUACAGCCAUCAAUGUGACAACCAACAUCUCAGCUCCGACUUUACCUGACUACGAAGGAGUUGAUGCCUCUCUCAAUGAAACUGCCACCACAAUAACUGUGUUGUUGAGACCAGCACAGGCCAAAGGUGCACCUAUCAGUGCCUAUCAGAUUGUUGUGGAGGAGCUGCACCCACACCGCACCAAGAGAGAAGCCGGAGCGAUGGAAUGCUACCAGGUCCCUGUCACAUACCAAAACGCCAUGAGUGGGGGUGCGCCGUACUACUUUGCUGCAGAACUACCCCCGGGGAAUCUACCCGAACCUGCUCCAUUCACGGUGGGGGACAAUAGGACCUACCAGGGCUUUUGGAACCCACCUUUGGCUCCUCGCAAAGGAUACAACAUCUAUUUCCAGGCAAUGAGCAGUGUGGAGAAGGAAACUAAAACCCAGUGUGUACGAAUUGCUACAAAAGCAGCAGCAACAGAAGAACCAGAAGUGAUUCCAGAUCCAGCCAAGCAGACAGACAGAGUGGUGAAAAUAGCAGGAAUAAGUGCUGGGAUUUUAGUGUUCAUCCUCCUCCUCCUAGUUGUCAUAUUAAUUGUAAAAAAGAGCAAGCUUGCUAAGAAACGAAAAGAUGCUAUGGGAAACACCCGACAGGAGAUGACUCACAUGGUGAAUGCUAUGGAUCGAAGUUAUGCUGAUCAGAGCACUCUGCAUGCAGAAGAUCCUCUUUCCAUUACCUUCAUGGACCAACACAAUUUUAGUCCAAGAUGUAAGUUCUGCAUUAAAAUUUUAAUAAAUAGUUUCUCAAUGCCCAAUGAUCCACUUGUGCCGACUGCUGUGUUAGAUGAAAACCACAGUGUUACAGCAGAGUCCAGUCGUCUUCUAGAUGUGCCUCGCUACCUCUGUGAGGGGACAGAAUCCCCUUACCAGACGGGACAGCUGCACCCAGCCAUCAGGGUUGCUGACUUGCUGCAGCACAUUAAUCUCAUGAAGACAUCAGACAGCUACGGGUUCAAAGAGGAAUAUGAGAGCUUCUUUGAAGGACAGUCAGCAUCUUGGGAUGUAGCUAAAAAAGACCAAAAUAGAGCAAAAAACCGAUAUGGAAACAUUAUAGCAUAUGAUCACUCCAGAGUAAUUUUGCAACCUGUUGAGGAUGAUCCUUCUUCAGAUUACAUUAAUGCCAACUAUAUAGAUGGCUAUCAGAGACCAAGCCACUAUAUUGCAACCCAAGGUCCGGUUCAUGAAACAGUAUAUGAUUUCUGGAGAAUGAUUUGGCAAGAACAGUCUGCCUGCAUUGUGAUGGUUACAAAUUUAGUUGAAGUUGGCCGGGUAAAGUGCUAUAAGUAUUGGCCUGAUGAUACUGAAGUUUAUGGUGACUUCAAAGUAACUUGUAUAGAAAUGGAACCACUUGCUGAAUAUGUAGUUAGGACAUUCACCCUGGAAAGGAGGGGAUAUAAUGAAAUCCGUGAGGUUAAACAGUUCCAUUUCACUGGAUGGCCUGACCAUGGAGUUCCAUACCAUGCUACAGGGCUUCUUUCCUUUAUCCGGCGAGUCAAACUGUCCAACCCGCCCAGUGCUGGCCCCAUCGUUGUGCAUUGCAGUGCUGGUGCUGGACGGACUGGCUGUUAUAUUGUGAUUGACAUUAUGCUGGAUAUGGCCGAAAGGGAGGGUGUUGUUGACAUCUACAACUGUGUCAAAGCCUUACGAUCUCGUCGUAUCAAUAUGGUCCAGACAGAGGAACAGUACAUUUUUAUUCAUGAUGCCAUUUUAGAAGCCUGCUUAUGUGGAGAAACUGCCAUACCUGUCUGUGAAUUUAAAGCUGCAUAUUUUGAUAUGAUUAGAAUAGACUCCCAGACCAACUCUUCACAUCUCAAAGAUGAAUUUCAGACCUUAAAUUCAGUCACCCCUCGACUACAAGCUGAAGACUGCAGUAUAGCAUGCCUGCCAAGGAACCAUGACAAGAAUCGUUUCAUGGACAUGCUGCCACCUGACAGAUGUCUGCCUUUUUUAAUUACAAUUGAUGGGGAGAGCAGUAACUACAUCAAUGCUGCUCUUAUGGACAGCUACAGGCAACCAGCUGCUUUCAUCGUCACACAAUACCCUCUGCCAAAUACUGUGAAAGACUUCUGGAGAUUAGUGUAUGAUUAUGGCUGUACCUCCAUUGUGAUGUUAAAUGAAGUCGACUUGUCCCAGGGCUGCCCUCAGUAUUGGCCUGAAGAAGGUACGCUGCGAUAUGGCCCUAUCCAAGUGGAAUGUAUGUCUUGUUCCAUGGAUUGUGAUGUGAUCAACCGGAUUUUUAGGAUAUGCAAUCUAACAAGACCACAGGAAGGUUAUCUGAUGGUGCAGCAGUUUCAGUAUUUAGGAUGGGCUUCUCAUCGAGAAGUGCCUGGUUCUAAACGGUCUUUCUUGAAACUGAUACUCCAGGUGGAAAAAUGGCAGGAGGAAUGCGAGGAAGGCGAAGGCCGAACGAUCAUUCACUGCCUAAAUGGUGGCGGGCGAAGUGGCAUGUUCUGUGCUAUAGGCAUUGUUGUUGAAAUGGUGAAACGGCAAAAUGUUGUUGAUGUUUUCCAUGCAGUAAAGACACUAAGGAACAGUAAGCCAAACAUGGUGGAAGCGCCGGAGCAAUACCGUUUCUGCUAUGAUGUAGCUUUGGAGUACCUGGAAUCAUCAUAGUUGGGUGAGACAUUUAAAAGUGCAUCCAAACAGAAGCCUGUUCAUCUGCUGAGCCAGCAGUUGUACCUAUUACACUGGUACAGAAAAAUUUUAAUGU